AUGGAAAAUUCUAAAAACACUAUUUGCUGGGCACCUUUAUCAAAAUUCGGUUAUGGUUUUGCCGUAUACCCAUUCACGCCAGUGGAACAAUCAAAUUCUUUGGAUUCAACCAAAGGAGAGGCGGUACCCGAAAAUGCUGGAAGCACCAUUUCUGACACUGCAUCAAUAACUUCUACUAAUUCGAUUUCGUCCGUCGCUUCCUAUCAAGUAACGCUUGAGGUUGGAGACGAGGUUUAUGUUUUUGAAGAGCAAGGCGCAUGGUAUCGUGGAUAUGUUGUCUCUCAAUUACGGCAGACAGAAGAACCCCAAGUUUAUGUUGGAAUCUUUCCUAAGAAUCAUGUCUAUGUCAAGGAAUAUUUGGACAACUUGGAAUUACAAGCUGAGGAAUCGAAAACCAACGAUGCUGCAUCUUUAUCAUCGGAGAAGGCCACGCGACUUCCCCCACCCAUACCGUCACUCAAGUGUGGAGAUGAUACAAUCAGUGGAAAAAGUGAACCACUAAUUGAUGAGAUUGCUAGCACCGUGAGAGAAUGGAGUAGCCUUUUACCAAAAUAUUUGGAGGAAAGGAAAUACGAUAUGUUUCGAAUUGUUAAAGAUCAAAUAGAUAAUUUAUUACAAGGCCGACGUCAACUCUUAGCUCAAACGCUGUCACAAGAUGAAUUGAACAAAUUACGAAAGGAGCUUAUCAAUAAACUUGUAUCUGGAAACGUAAUUCAAGGCCUGGAUAUUAUUGUCCGAGAUCCAGAGAAAGGUUUUCUUGCUGACGAAACGAACAUAUCAGCAAUUCGACUUUACCAGUUACAAGCACAAUGGUCUCUCAUGAACAUGGACAAGUCAAAAUCAGAUCAGUUAAUUACAAGCCCCACAAUAUUAACUCCAAACUUGCAACAAUUACAGUCUCCCUCCACGAUUACGGAUACAGGAACUCAUGCACCAAAGUUUUAUCACAUAUUUUUGGAUUUAAAAGCUUGGGUCGCGUCUAUUUCAGCACCUGGAGAAUACACCGAACUUUACUUUUCAUUAUAUACAAAGGCAAAUGGCCAAUUUAUUACAGAGGAAUACUUUAUUGUACUCAAUCAUAACGGUGUUCCCAAGGAUGAGUCCAAGAUAGGAAAAAUGCGAACAAUUUUUACUGAUCUUUCUCCUCAUGAUAUUCAGGAACAAAUUUAUUUACUUUGCCGAAUUGUCAGAACUGGAAGUAUGAAAAUGACUGAUAGAGAUAAAGAAUUACCCAAAGAAAGCAGUUCAAUGACUUCACGGUUUACAAAAUCAUCGAAGGAAUCAGAACAUAUCGAACAAUCAAAACUUGCGCCACAAACAUUUCGCAGACCCUUUGGUUGUGCUGUUCUCGAUAUUAGCCAUCUUUUUCAGGGAAAAGAGAAGGAAACUAUGAGUGAACAUGUGAUGCACAUUUACGUAUCUUCACAAGAAUCAACUUUUUCUACAUUGCACGAAGACAUUAUUUACGAUCGUAUCAAAGAGUAUGAAAAAUCUCCACGUGCUGAGAUGGUGAGCGUCUCGAUACGUCCUUAUUAUGGGGAGACAGCAACUAUAAUCAAAGAAAAUCUUGCGUUGCUUCAAGAUAUUCCUAUUACUUCUCGUCUUGGUUUUGCGGAUGUCGUGUUUCCGGGGGAUACUCGAAACGAGAUCUAUAUUCGAUUAUUGUCCGGAGAUUUUACUCAGGGACGCACGGCGACCGCGAAAAAUAUUCAAGCGACGAUAGAGGUUAGAUUAAAUACGGGUGAAACAUUGGAAAAUGUGAUAUCUCAAGGAUCUGGUGAACCGCGAAUGACGCAAUUUGAAUCUCUCGUUUUUUAUCACUCCAACAAUCCGACGUGGGGAGAAUUAAUUAAAUUGAAUAUACCCGAGGAAUCCUUCGAGCAAGCUCAUCUAUUUCUCACCUUUCGUCAUCGGUCAACGAAGGACAAGAAAGAAGAUAAGAUAUUUGCGUUCGCUUAUAUGCCUUUAUUUCCAGAGAAUUGUACAUUUAUUAGCGAUGGAAAGCAUUGCCUUACUUUAUUUAAAUAUGAUAAACAGUUGAUUCACCCAUCUGCGUACUUAAAGCAUCCAUGGACGCCCUCGGCAACAGUUUCGGAUGUAGCAUCCGUGAGUUCUCUUGCUAGCUCGCAUUCGAAUAACAAAUUUGCGACAUCUUCCAAAGACACCGUUUCAAUAUUGUCGUUCUUAUGCUCUACAAGAUACACUCAGAAUGAAGUCCUUCUCAAGCUACUGAACUGGGAGAAACAGCUCAUUUCUGAUGAAAAUGAAAUGAUGUCUGUCUUGAAAAAAUUCACUUUUGUUGGCGAGGUCGAAAUAGUCAAGUUCCUGCAAGAUAUAUUUGACGCACUUUUCGGGAUACUCAUUUCGACAAUAAAUCAGCAAGGAGAACUGGAUGAUUUAAUUUUCAAUGCCCUAGUAACAAUACUCGGUAUAGUCUCUGACCGAAGGUUUAUGAAUUUCCGACCUGUGCUUGAUGUUUACAUCGAUAAACAUUUUUCUUGUGCCCCCGCGUCCUCCCAUCUAAUCCGUUCGAUGAAUCGCCUUAUUUCGAACCCAACAAAUUCUGAUAAUGCCCAAAAUCUGCGGUCCGCAAUAAAAGUAUGGAAAUACAUCUUUAAAAUAAUUCUACGAUCUCGAGAACUUCAGCGAAAUAAAGAAUUAGACAUUGGACUGUCGGGGAAUUAUGUUGAGGAACAGUUUAAAAAAGAUCUUUUUACACUCUUCAAAAGCAUAGAUAAGCUCAUGUCCAUAACGACGCCACAAUCGAUAAUUGGUACACAAACGUUAGCACUGCAGCAUUUUGCUUCAAUAUUUUCGGAUCUAAGCAAAUGCUUCGCACCGGAUGAUCUAGUGCAAAUUGCCAUCCGCUUUACCGAGUCUGUGAGAUUGCCCAAGGGUAAACUUUUGGUAUAUAAAUUGUUAGUCAUUCUUCAGUUUUGUCGAGGUUCACUGUUUGAAAAUCCAGAAUCUCGCGCUACACUUUUACGCAGAGUUGUAGAAUGGGUGAUAGAUCAUAUGGGAAAAUGGGAGAAAAUCGGAAAACAAAACGCUGACGCUUACGCUGCAAGAAUACAAUGGCAGGAUGGCAUCCGAUUGUGCGUCAUUAUUAUUGCUGUCAUGUUAGAGAGCCUUCAAAGUACCAUUGAGAGGUCAACCGAUAAAGAAGUAAUUGAAAGAGAAAUCGAGAAUGUACAAGUAAUCUUUCCUCUCAUGAUGAAAAUAUGUGAAUCUUACAGAGAAUUGCACAUAACCAAUGACGAAUUAAACCAGAAAAGAGAUCGAAGCAGUCUCAUACUGCCCUCAUCUAUGUUUUCGCUUGCAUACACGUUUUCCAGCGCAAACCAGACGAUCACACCAGGGCAAGCUAGAUUUGCAAAAGAAUUUCCAUUUAUUCCAUUCAACCAACAGCAAUAUUCAAACUCUGUUGGGUUGGGAGAAAUAUCUGCUGUAAUCUUGCAAAUUCUGUUUUUGUUGUCGCAAGAUAACAUAAAAGAGCAUCUACUUUCGACAUAUUAUCGAGAAGGACAUGACGCGACCGCAGAAUUCCUGAUUUUAUUAUUCCAGGUGGCGAGAUCCGUUUUAAGGAAUGAAGCUUUCUCGGAUACUUGGCUGAAUAUGAACAUAAUGGCUCAUAAGGUAUUCUUAAAAUUUCUUGAACCCGCAUCAUCUUUGAUGGAAAAGAAUUAUAUUCCUGACAAGGAGGCACCAGACACUUUCAAUGAACAACUUUGGCAAGAGUACUUUAAUUGCCUGUUGUGUUUGCUUACCAGCGAACACCUAGUUAUAGAAAAUUUCACGCCACAGAAACGUCGUGCAAUAUGGCGGCUAGCCGGUGAUCUUCGGGGCCGUGGGGCUAAAUUGCUAUCAACAUUAUGGGAUGCUAUUGGGUGGGAACAGGGUAAAGAUGGAAAAAUGGGAGGAUAUCAAUCUCGCUUUAUAAAUGUUUUACUGGGACCAAUUUUGGAGUUGUGUUUAUCCCAUCAUGAUGAAUUGCGUUCUGCGGCGAUUAAAGUUUUAUUUAGCAUGAUUGUCACGCAAUAUACUUUGGAAGAAGAUUUUAAACAGAUGGAAUCGGGCAUAAUAGACUUACUGGAUAGAUUAUUUAUGUCGGAAAAUAAAGGUGAUGAAGUUUCUCGCACCUAUUUUAUAGCUCAAUUACGAAGAUUAUUCGAAGAAGCAACGGUUGAUGCUUCCUUGAAGCAGAUUGUCAUUAAAUUCCUGGAUUCAUUGAGUGAAUUCCUGGAACUUUUGCUUGGAGUCCGCGAGUUACCUGAAGGCGAAGAAUACCAAGACGAUCGCAUAAUGUGCACCCUUAAAUUGAUGAAGUUUAUAAAAUCCAUUGAACGCGAUCAGAUAUAUAUCAAAUACGUUCACCAACUGGUACAGAUGCAGGUUAAUAGUCGUAACUUUGUUGAAGCUGCCUUAACACUUAAGUUGCAUUCCAAUUUAUAUGAAUGGAAUCCACGCUCCGAGGUCGAAGCGUUGCCUGAAAUGGAUUUCCCCAAACAAUCUCAAUUUGAUCGGAAGGAAAGAUUGUACAUACAGAUUUUGGACUAUUUUGUUAAAGGUAGAGCAUGGGAGUGUGGCAUUGAAAUCUGCAAGGAAUUGGCUCGACACUUUGAAUACACGACCUAUGAUUACCAACGCCUCAGCAACAUUCUUAAACAGCAAGCAGUGCUACACGAGAAUAUAAUAAAAAAGGAAAGGUAUUUCAGUGAAUAUUUCCGAGUUGGUUUCUACGGUCGAGGAUUCCCGGCGAGUUUGCAAAACCGUCAGUUCAUAUACCGGGGAUAUGAAUGGGAAAAGAUUGGGGCAUUUUGUGAACGUAUGCAAAACAAGCAUCCUCAGGCUCAAUUGAUGAAAUCAAGUAGUCCGCCAACAGAUGAUAUUCUUUAUGGAGAUGGACAGUUUCUGCAGGUGGUUGCGGUAACACCAGAACCUGACAGAAAUGUUCCCGUUUUCAAUGGAGAUGUCCCGUCUUCAAUUCGUAGUUACUAUGAGCAUAAUUCUAUAAAUACCUUUAGUUAUUCAAGACCGGUAAAUAAGAAUCCAGAUGGUGUAAAGUCAUCUAAUGAAUUUUUGAAUUUAUGGACUGAAAAGACUAUUAUGAUAUCCGAGGAUUACUUUCCCACCGUGCUUCGAAGAUCGGAGAUUAUCCAGACCACUGUCAUUGAAGUGUCACCAAUCGAGAACGCGGUUUCCGCUAUGAAGACAAAAAACCGUGAACUGUUGACUCUUGAAACCAAAUAUAGCGCAUAUCUUACUUCGAAAGGGGGGGAUAAAGUGAACACCAAUCCAUUGUCUAUGUCAUUAAAUGGUGCUGUUGAUGCGCCAGUCAAUGGUGGGGUGUUAAUGUAUAAGAAGGCAUUUUUCAGUAAAGACUUCUUGGAGUCAAAUCCUGAUAAAGAAGCUUUCGUAGAACAAUUGAAGGAAGCAAUUGAAGAACAGGUUCGCAUUAUUGAUAGGUGUCUUAAUAUACACGAACGCCUUGUUUCCAACGAAAUGCGCCCGCUUCAUGACACACUCGUCAAAUGCAAGAAUUUUUCGGAAGAGAUUUACCGAUUAGCCGAACGCAAAAAAUCAAAGGCUCAAUCGACGCCAAAGACGGCAGCACCGAACCGAACUGAACAUAUUUCCUUACAACCUUCAUCACCGUUUUUCCUCCCCCCAUUAAGCAUCAACAAAUUUUACCGAGCUCCUUCAUUACAUGGAACCUCACCGCUAAGUGCCGAACCCGUAUCACCAAAUUCGCCUACGUCAUCUCCAAACUCUUCAACUAUAACACGAGUAGCAAUGGCUGCAACACUUAAUUCAAGAAGUUCUCUGAACAUACAAGGAAAUUAUUCUAGCACCCCGACCUUGCAUACUAAACGUGUUUCUGGGUCAUCGGAAGGAAGCAACGGUCUGCAAAGUCCUAAUGGCGACACUAUUACAUUAAUGCCAACGAUUAAACAUAGUAAUACGCUCAAAGAACGCAUUAACGAGAGGCGCAUGACUCUAAAAGGAUGGUCACUUAAUCGCAAUCGGAGCACUACACAAUAA